AUGUCUGCUGAGACUUUCGAGUUUCAGGCUGAGAUCUCGCAGCUCCUGUCUCUCAUCAUCAAUACUGUCUAUUCCAACAAAGAGAUCUUCCUCCGAGAACUGAUCUCCAACUGUUCGGAUGCUCUCGACAAGAUCCGAUAUGAGUCGCUCUCGGAUCCUAGCAAACUUGACUCUGGCAAAGACCUCAGAAUCGACAUCAUCCCAGACAAAGCCAACAAAACUCUCACCAUCCGCGAUACUGGUAUUGGCAUGACCAAAGCUGACCUCGUCAACAACCUUGGCACUAUCGCUCGAUCCGGGACUAAGCAGUUCAUGGAAGCGUUGACUGCCGGAGCUGACAUCUCAAUGAUUGGUCAAUUUGGUGUCGGUUUCUACUCCGCCUACUUGGUCGCAGAUAGGGUCACUGUCGUUUCAAAGCACAAUGACGACGAGCAGUACAUCUGGGAGUCGAGUGCUGGUGGCACCUUCACCUUGGUACAAGAUACCGAAGGCGAGCAGCUCGGCCGCGGCACAAAGAUCAUCCUCCACUUAAAGGACGAGCAGAGCGACUACCUCAACGAAUCUAAGAUCAAGGAAGUCGUCAAGAAACACUCCGAGUUCAUUUCCUACCCCAUCUACCUCCAUGUCUUGAAGGAGACGGAGAAGGAAGUCGAAGAUGAGGAGGCAGAAGAUGCCGAGGAAGAUGAGGAAAAGAAACCCAAGGUCGAAGAGGUAGAUGAGGACGAGGAGGACAAGAAGAAAGACAAGAAAACCAAGAAGGUUAAAGAGAGUAAGAUCGAGGAAGAGGAGCUUAAUAAGACUAAGCCGAUCUGGACUCGCAACCCCUCCGACAUCACUUCUGAGGAAUACGCCUCGUUCUAUAAAUCACUGUCUAACGACUGGGAGGAUCACUUGGCUGUCAAACAUUUCUCUGUUGAAGGUCAAUUGGAAUUUCGUGCCAUUCUCUUCGUUCCAAAGCGCGCUCCGUUCGAUCUCUUUGAGACCAAAAAGACCAAGAACAACAUCAAGCUCUACGUUCGACGCGUCUUUAUCACCGAUGAUGCCACGGAUCUCAUUCCUGAGUGGCUCAGCUUCGUCAAGGGUGUUGUCGACUCUGAGGAUCUGCCACUGAAUCUGUCGCGGGAGACUCUUCAACAGAACAAGAUCAUGAAGGUCAUCAAAAAGAACAUUAUCAAGAAGACUCUCGAGCUCUUCAACGAGAUUGCCGAGGACCGUGAACAAUUCGACAAGUUCUACACUGCCUUCAGCAAAAACAUCAAACUCGGCAUUCACGAGGACGCUCAAAACCGCCCAGCUCUUGCCAAGCUCCUCCGCUUCAACUCCACCAAGGCCAUCGAGGAGACUACAUCCCUGCAAGACUACGUGACCCGCAUGAAAGAGCACCAGAAGCAGAUCUACUACAUCACUGGCGAGUCUCUCAAGGCUGUUCAGAAAUCCCCCUUCCUUGACGCUCUCAAGCAGAAGGAUUUCGAGGUGUUGUUCUUGGUUGACCCCAUCGAUGAGUACGCUAUGACGCAGCUGAAGGAGUUUGAUGGCAAGAAACUUGUCGACAUCACCAAGGACUUCGAGCUCGAGGAGAGCGAUGAGGAGAAGAAGGAGCGUGAGAACGAGGAGAAGGAAUUCGAAACUCUUGCCAAGAGCUUGAAGAACGUUCUUGGUGACAAGGUGGAGAAGGUCGUUGUCUCACACAAGCUCAUUGGCUCUCCUUGUGCCAUCCGAACCGGUCAAUUUGGUUGGUCCGCCAACAUGGAGCGCAUCAUGAAGGCUCAAGCUCUCCGCGACACCUCGAUGAGUUCCUACAUGUCUUCCAAGAAGACCUUCGAGAUCUCUCCUAAGUCACCCAUCAUCAAAGAGUUGAAGAAGAAGGUUGAGUCUGACGGCGAGAACGACCGAACUGUCAAGUCCAUUACCCAGCUUCUCUACGAAACUUCUUUGCUUGUCUCUGGUUUCACCAUUGAAGAGCCUGCAGGAUUCGCCGAGCGCAUUCACAAGCUUGUGUCACUUGGUUUGAAUGUGGACGAGGAGGCAGAGACGACUGAAGAGAAGGCGGAGGAAGAGGCUCCUCCAGCGACUGAGGCUGCAGGCGAGAGCGCUAUGGAGGAGGUCGACUAG